AUGUCUGGCUCUCCCCCCGACCGCAAGCGUGCCUUAGAGGAUGAGCCGCGCGACGAUCGUGACAUGAAAAGAACAAAGACUGGAGGCGGCGAAAGCUCGACGGCCCCGCUCCCUCCGUCGACCCCAAACGAAAAUUCCGGGACAGACCUCAUGACUUACAGUCCUCCGAUCUCCCAGGCAGCUACACCCAAGUCUGCUGAGCUGUCGUCUGCGCCAGCUCAGAGUCUCAUACCUCCAUCCCACGUGCUCCUCCAAACCACUCCGCCGGCGUACUCAGAAGACGGCAUGCUCCUUCGCAUUAUGGAGACCGACGUUGGCAUAUCUGAGUAUAUUGCCAAGAAUACGCCCAAAAUUGGAGGUAUAAUCAAGCAACGGUUCACUGACUUCCUUGUCUACGAGGUCGACCAAGACAGCAAUGUCGUGCACAUCAACUCUCUCGCUAUGCCCACAUCAGAAAAGAAGGCCAAACACGCCGACGAGAAGGGGUCCACUGUGGCUGUUUCGAGUACUAUUGAAGGCAUUGAAGUCAAGCCUGAAGUCAAUGCUGGAGUCGUUCCCUCCACCCCUGAUACCACUACUGCAGGAAUAUCUGCUGAUGCCAACGCGCCUUCUACAGCUCUUGAAGCCGCCCAAGAGGAAACCACUCCCGCUAUCAAGGCUGAAGCUACGAAGGAAGAUGUCCUCGAGCCCUGGCCGGAAUCCUUUACUACGCGGCUCUCUGCUUUCCUUUCCGAAGACAAGGUCGCUGCAGUGAAGAAAAUGUUCCUUGAGGGUUCAGAGGCUCCCUUUGUCAGUGAUGCAGGCUGGGGCGGACGAGCCGCGAGGACUGAAGAUGUUGCUGUCGAGGUCGAGCCCAAAGCUUCAGCCGAGCUUGAGGAGCCGGCAAUGGAGGAUAAGAGGGUGGGACGACGCGGUAGGGGUGGACGCGGUCGGGGACGCGGUGGGCGCGGUGGUGGAAUGGAUCGUCCCGGCAAGCGAGCGGACCCUCGCAAAGUUGUGUCUGAUCCAAUGGCCGACAAGACGGCUCGUACUGAGUUUCACAAGACUAUUCGAGAGCUCUUCGGUGGCAAGCUGGAUAGUGAGACUGAUACGACUUCUCCCGCCGGGGAUGAGGGCUCGCGUAUCGUCGUGAAGUGGUCCCGCUCAGGUGGCCACGGUGGCGGUGGCGGGCGUGGUGGAGGCGCACGGGGGUCCGGAGACAAGGCACCGCGUGGCACAUACCCGCCUUACAUCCACUUCACCAUGCAGAAGACCAAUCGCGACACCCAGGACGCGCUGAUUCACCUUUCACGUAGCCUACACGUCAAUGUCAAAGACUUGUCUGUCGCAGGGACGAAGGAUAAGCGUGGCGUUACGUUACAGCGCGUCGCUCUUCGACGUGGCAACAAGUCUGUCGAAGAUGUAUGGCGCUUGGCGAACGGCGUUCCCAGCAAACGAACGGCAGACAAGGCAGUGAAGGAGCGAGGCGAACGGGGUGUCCGCAUUGCUGACUUCAAUUACCGCAAAGCGGCACUAGAACUGGGCAUGUUGAAGGGCAACGCCUUCGUGAUCACCCUUCGUAAUGUUCAGGUUGAUUCUAAGGAAGACCUUGCUCAAGCCAUGAAUUCGAUCAAGACCAACGGCUUCAUCAACUACUACGGUAUGCAGCGCUUCGGGACAGCUGCUAUACCAACCCACACCAUCGGUCUCGCAUUCCUCCGGUCCGACUGGCAGGGCGCCGUAAAUCUCAUUCUGCGUGAACGCCCAGGAGAGCACCCCGAUGUCGUUGCCGCUCGCAAAGCAUGGCUGGAAGAGAAGAACUUAGAUAAGGCUCUUGCUCUGCUUCCUCGUCGUGUUGUCGCCGAACGUUGCAUCCUGGAAAGUUAUAAAACUCAGAAGGGCGAGACACGCAAUGCUCUUGGUGCACUGUCUACGAUUCCUCGCAACCUUCGUCUCAUGUAUGUCCACGCCUACCAGUCUUACGUUUGGAACGCCAUCGUAUCCGAACGCAUCAAAACCUACGGUCACGAGAAGCCCAUUCCCGGCGACCUCGUGCUAGAGGCAUCCAAACAGGGCGGAGGCGAUGAUAUGGAUGUCGAUGAUGGCGGGGAAGAUGAAGAAGGCAAACCUGGCAAAAGCCGGAGGAAAUGGGUUCCGCCAAGAGUUAAAACGCUCACGGCAGAGGAUUGCGACAAUUUCUCGAUCUUUGACGUUGUCAUGCCUUUGCCUGGCAAGGAUGUCGCGUUUCCGGGUGGCGCACUGGGCGAAAAGUAUAAGGAGUACCUGCGUCGCGAUGGCUUGGACCCUGACAACUUCCAUCGCCGCCAAAAAGAAUACAGUUUGAGCGGUUCCUACCGCAGCAUUCUCCAUCUUCCGAAGGCAUUAUCUUACGAGAUCCUACGCUAUACCGAUCCGGACGUUGCUCUUGCGCAGGCAGACGAAGAUAGACUGCUGGGAUACGAUCCGCCUGUCAUCACCCCUGAUGGGAAGUUCAUCGCUUUGCAGAUUCGCCUCACGCUUGGCACCGCAGCGUAUGCGACCAUGGCUCUUCGCGAGGUCACCAAAACAGACACCAGCUCGCAUAUCCAGACGGAACUCACUCAGAAGUCAGAAGAUCAGCAAUACAAGGGUGGAAUCGUUGUUGCCGAAGCUGACAUGGGCGAUGUGAAAGACCACAGCGCUGAGGGCGAUGUGAUCAUGGAGCAUGACAUUUAA